AGAGAGAGCUAUAAACUUUUUAUUUCAGAGAGAGAGACGCUCUCUAACAUUCUCUAAGAGAAUUGUAAAUAAAGCAUUUAGAAAGUGUGGCAUAUUUUAAGGUGAAAGUUGAACGUCACCAAUCAGUGUUAAACAGUUCUUAAAAACGCGAUCGUCCAAGAUUGUUUACUACCCCAAAAGAUAUUUUUUUGUUGUUGGCUGGUUUUGUGAAAGAAAAAAUACAUAGCACUUAACCACUCGGCCAUUAUAUAAUCAAUAUAAGUGGGUCUGUGAGUAAUAAAACAAACAAAUCCAUUUUGAUAAGCAUCAGUGUCCUCGGCAACUAAAUGUUUGUGUUUAUGUGUGAAUUUAACGAAAUCAGAAGAAGAGCCCAUGUUUCGAUAUAAAACACGAAAUAGUCCGUCUCAAAAGACGUCCCUGCGUUGGGGCGAUAGUUGUGGAAAUUAAAGCAGAAACACCCACACACACACAAACUCUCAUACCUAACUCACCUCUACUCACAGAGUAAAGUAUAAGCUUAAGGCAUCAGCUAUAAAUCACCGAAAUAGUGUAGCCUACAUUUAGGCAUACCACAACUAAAAAUAACAAAUUCCUAUUUAUUUGUAAAAUAAAAAAAUAAAAUUAAAUUGAAUACAAACAACUUGCAACUAUUUUGUGUAAUCGUUUAGUCCACACUCCGAAAGUAAAGGAAAAAACCCAAAAAAUUAAAUUACCCAUAAGUUACCUGUAAAGUGCUGUGUUUUUGGUUAUUGUCAUUAACUACAAACUACUACUACAACGUAUUCUAUAAAAAUCUAAAGUUGCAUAAUUUUAAGUCAAAUCCUAUUUUGCUUUGAAAACGGCGAGAAAACUCACAACAACAAACCAAAUUAACAUUUUCAACUUCUAAUUUGGUGCGUGACUGCUAGCUGAGCUCUCUGGCAUUCAGCAGUCAUAGAAAAAUUUGACUUUUAUCUUUGGCGCAGAGACACAGAGUUAGAGGAUAGGGCAGAUAACUCACCUUUGGAAUUACUGGCUGACUUCUUUAUAAAAAUUUGAGUUCAUGCAAAGGCAAAGAUCCGGAAAAAUAUUCACAAACUGUUUGGCUUAAAAUCUAAAACAAACGAAAUAAUCAAACAAGGCCUAAACUAAAACAAGGCGUUAUAAAAAGUAUUAAAAAUUUACACUAACAACUAAGUUACCAAAAAACACCGACUACAACAACUAACUAAAUAUUAAUAAAUUAAUUUCGAUUACUUGUCUGAGUACAACAACAAGGAGAACUAAAUGCAUAUCAAACGAAUUGAAGAGUUCAUAGUUUAUUGAUGGGAAAAGCCCAUUUAAAGAGCCCCCCUUUCACACUCCAACCAAGAAAUGAACGGACAACUCAAUCACUUUUGUCGUCAUCAUCAUCAUUGGCAACAACAACAGCAGCAGCAGCAGCAUCAGAAAUAGGAAAGAGGUGCUUAAAGUAAUUGCCAGCAUUAGUAUCAAUAGGCACUACAACAACAAAAACAACAAUUACAAUAUUAGAAACAGCAUCCAGCUUCCAUCAUCUUCCCCUGGUUCACACAUUCAACAUCCAACGUCCGGAACAAUAAUUACUUGAGUGAUUUUGACCUCGUCGUGUGUCAUUGGGACACUAGGAAAUAUCGACUGUUGUUGCCGUCAUUGCGUGUGAUUUCUGGUAAUCUGAUAUCUUCUGCAGCACAGAAAAAGACAUUUGACAAAGGCCCAUUCAGGGGCAGAUAGAUAGAUAUUCAGAUAUUUAGAUACUGAGCCAGCGACAGGGCAAAUACCAAAACAAAACAAAACAAAAGACAACAAAAUGAUUAAUAUCGCUGGCGUUGUGAGCAUUGUGCUCUUCUAUUUGCUCAUCUUAGUUGUGGGAAUUUGGGCCGGACGGAAAAAGGAGUCCGGCAAUGAUUCCGAAGAGGAGGUCAUGUUGGCAGGUCGUUCGAUCGGUCUAUUCGUUGGCAUAUUCACCAUGACAGCUACAUGGGUUGGUGGAGGCUACAUCAACGGAACAGCCGAGGCUAUUUAUACAUCGGGUUUGGUUUGGUGUCAGGCUCCCUUUGGAUAUGCCCUAAGUUUAGUGUUCGGUGGCAUCUUCUUUGCGAAUCCCAUGCGAAAACAGGGCUACAUCACCAUGUUGGACCCUUUGCAGGACUCUUUUGGAGAACGUAUGGGUGGUUUGUUGUUUUUGCCAGCUCUGUGUGGUGAAGUGUUUUGGGCAGCGGGUAUUUUGGCUGCUUUGGGUGCUACACUGUCCGUCAUUAUUGAUAUGGAUCACAGGACAUCGGUUAUCUUAUCUUCAUGUAUUGCCAUUUUCUAUACAUUAUUCGGGGGUCUCUAUUCAGUGGCCUAUACAGAUGUGAUACAAUUGUUUUGUAUUUUCAUUGGUUUGUGGAUGUGCAUACCCUUCGCUUGGGCCAAUGAUCAUGUGAAGAGUCUAUCAUCCAUGGAUGUGGAUUGGAUAGGACAUGUGGAGCCGGAACAAAGAUGGUUUUACAUAGACUAUGGUUUGCUGCUGAUAUUCGGUGGUAUACCAUGGCAGGUCUAUUUCCAACGUGUAUUGUCCAGCAAGACGGCUGGUCGAGCUCAGUUAUUAUCCUAUGUGGCAGCGGCAGGUUGUAUCCUAAUGGCCAUCCCACCGGUACUCAUUGGCGCUAUUGCCAAAGCAACUCCUUGGAAUGAAACUGCCUAUACGGGUCCUUAUCCACUGACUGUGCAGGAAACUAGCAUGAUUUUACCUAUGGUCCUACAGUAUUUAACACCAGAUUUUGUAUCGUUCUUCGGUUUGGGUGCUGUCUCAGCGGCCGUUAUGUCUUCAGCAGAUUCUUCGGUGUUGUCAGCAGCUUCUAUGUUUGCUCGCAAUGUCUACAAAUUGAUAUUCCGUCAAAAGGCUUCCGAAAUGGAAAUUAUAUGGGUCAUGAGAGGUGGCAUCAUUGUGGUGGGCAUUAUGGCUACCAUAAUGGCCCUUACAAUACCCUCCAUCUAUGGCCUAUGGUCCAUGUGUUCCGAUUUGGUUUAUGUGAUUCUCUUCCCCCAGCUACUGAUGGUCGUCCAUUUUAAGAAACAUUGCAACACUUAUGGCAGCUUAGCUGCUUAUAUUAUUGCCCUAUUCAUACGUCUGUCAGGCGGUGAGGCACUAUUGGGUCUUCCCGCUCUUAUCCAUUAUCCUGGCUAUGAUGCAGAAAAUCAAACACAAUUGUUCCCCUUCCGCACAAUGGCUAUGUUGGUUAGUUUAGUCACAUUGGUCCUGGUUUCAUGGUGGACGAAAAUGAUGUUUGAGUCUGGUAAAUUACCGCCGAGUUAUGAUAUUUUCCGAUGUGUGGUUAAUAUUCCUGAAGAUGUACAAAGAGUGGGUGAUCCUGCCGAAUGUGGAGAACAGCUCUCAGUUAUGGCUGGCCCCUUGGGUCGCUCAUAUGGUGCAGCCACAAUGGCGGGUAAAGAUGAACGCAAUGGUCGCAUUAAUCCUGCGCUUGAAACAGACGAUGAUCUGCCAGUGGCCGAGGCAAGGCGACUAAAUCAACAGACCGCUCAAGAGCAGGUGCAAAAAAUGUUGAGUUCGGCAACGGGACAAAAUCGCCGAGACUCUAGUGGUAGUGGGGGAGGCGGUGGAGGUGGGGGAUUUGGAGGAGGUAUGGCAAUGCCAACUGCUGAUCAAGACAAUACUGCCUUUUAAGAAAAACCAAAAACAAAGAAAACAAAAAUUCACGAAAAUCUAGAAAACCAAGAAAAGCAAAAAUCUAAGCAGGAUAACCAAAUUUAGAAUUCCGAACUAAAUUCGAACAACUAAACCUACACACACACACACGUAGCACCUUAAAGGAUAAUGUAGAGGAUGCUAAAGGUGUCGAAACGAAUUAGAAAACUUAGAAAAACGAUUAGAGAAACGCUCACCAUGAAAAAAAUUAAGAAAAUAAAAAACAAGUAUAGUUAUCCUUUUGAAAAGGGAGUUGAAUGUAUACAAAAAGUAGAUUACACACACACAAACACAUUCCAAAAAGUCAAAUGUAGGCAAGUAAAGCAUAUAGUAGGUCCCCUGAAAAUCAACACUAACAAAAUUGGCAAUUAAAGUUGCCAUUAUCACAAAACUGAUAACAAAGACUAGAUAUUCUAAAACAAAUCAACCCCUCCCUUGAUGAAAAAAAGAGAUUUAGGACAAUUGUAUAUAAAUGUGAGAAACUACACAAUGAAUGCAAAAAGCAAUUUUGAUGGCCCUCCUAUAUAACAAAAAAAAAAAUGACACAUACUUCGCCCCAUGAUCUUUCCUUAUCCCACUCCUGAUAUGAUAUCUAUUUGGUACCACCAAUACACACACACAUAUAUACACAACAAACUAUGUUUGUUAAAUUAAGGCUUUUUUGUAUUGAUUUUUUUUGUGUUUUUUUGUAAUAUUAAUUUCGAACGAAACCAAACUAGGCAAAUGAAAUAUUGUUGUAAACUAGUUUCAGAUGGCUAUAAAAACAGAAUUGUUAAGCUUAAGCAAGAAAAAAAUGCAAGUGCUCAGGUAUUCCAUGUUAAUGUUUGUUAAAUAUUUAAUUAACUAUCUGUUAUCUAACGAUUAAUUAUUUUUAAGUUGCUAAUGUUCAAAACAAAAUUAAGUAUUUACUUCACUAACUAACUAUUGUUGUGUUAUUUAUAGACUUUAAAAAAACAAUGAUUGGUUACAUACAUACAUAUGUGUUAUGCUUAGUUAAUUUUAGUCUAAAUUUAGAAACAAAACCAA